AUGCGUUCCUGGAAAAUCAAGAGAAACUACUUCGAGUUGAAGUCUGGCUGGGCGUUUUGCAAUAAGGAUGGCCACCGGAUGGAUGGAAGGAAGGAGGUCAGAACAAGUUGGAUAUCCGUACUGGGAGAGGUAUCCUUGUGCUUGUGGGUGCCAGCAGCCGUCCACAACCAUACCAGAAGGGUAGGCUACCAAAGGGCCGGCGCUGCCUACUCCCGCUAUCACAAUGACGGCAAGCGGUGCGACCGGGCGACCCCCCUCACCCUGCGUGCAAAGGAGAAGUCCCUGACUCGGGAACACAUGAACCGAUGCAUGGCAAUUUGGCGCAACGCUGCUGGACUGCAUAAGCACGUUUUUUUCGACCGCCUGCCAUGCAAUCUCGCCCCUUUGGGGUUUCCAAGUCUCUGGCCCAUUCAAGCAAGUACAAGUGUCAGCAAAGAAAACCCCAUAAGAAACAUCUGCGACUACCUGUUGAUGACAACCUAG